ACAAAUUUGUAAUGGCUAAAUCAUAUACUAUUUAUGAUAUUUAUAUUGACCAUAAUGCGUAUGUUAAUAAAUAACAUUAUCUGUUAAUGUUCUGCUCUCCGGGUUAUUUAUUAUCAUCUGCUCUCUUCCUAAAGCUUUCAUCUUCUUCUUCUUCUUUUCUUCGCUAUUAAUAAGAUGUUUCCAUCAAAGCCAGAAGAAGUUGUUACUGUUGAUGUGAGCCAAGCCAAGGCUCUCCUCCAGUCCGACCAUCAAUAUCUUGAUGUUAGGUGCGCUCUAUUGUCCCAUCAUCACUAUGUGCAAGUAACCAAAUUCAAAUUGUUAAUUUCUACAUGCAGGACCGAGGAAGAGUUCAGGAGAGGCCAUUGUCUGGCACCUAAAAUCCUCAACGUUCCCUACAUGCUCAACACACCUCAAGGGAGAGUGAAGAAUCCAAAAUUUUUGGAUCAAGUAUCCUCUCUUCUCAGCCCAACUGAUGAUAUCCUUGUGGGUUGUCAGAGUGGAGCCAGAUCCUUCAAUGCCACAAGUGAGCUUGUCGCUGCAGGUUACAAGAAAGUGAGAAACGUAGGAGGUGGGUACUUGGCUUGGGUGGAUCAGAACUUUCCCAUCAACAAGGAGCAGCAGCAAUCUGCAAACUAAUCAUCCUCCUUUUUAAAAAUAAAAGUACAAUGCAAUGUAAUAAUGUAUUGCCUAUGGCUAUGUAUCGUGUAUUUUACCAAUAUAAUUUCGUUGUUGAAUAAAUAAUCAGUCUUCGCAGGGAAAAA